AUCUCAUUGGUAGACUGGCUCAGAGUGAAUCUGCUUUACAAGCAGAUCCUGAAACUGGCAUUUAUCUGCUGAACGCACCAACUGAGCAGAGCGCUGAGUCUAAAUAUGCUGAGAGAAGUCUUGGUGGAAGAAGAUCAGAUCACAGGCAGCUGAAAUGGAAUCUGUGAAUGUUUCCACUGAGAUGGAAACCAACACUUCAAUACAUUGUCUGAACACGCAGCACAGCACUGAUCGAGGAGUACACGUGUUCCUACAGAUUGUCUUGAUCACUGAGAUGAUCGUGGGCUUGCCAGGAAGCAUACUUGCUUUGUGGAUUUUCUGUUUCCGUCUGAAAGUCUGGAAAACCCACGUUUUCUUCCUCUUCAACCUGCUGCUGGCUGACUUCCUGCUCCUCGCCAGCGUGCCCUUCCGCAUCGACACCCACCUGCGAGGGGACGACUGGGUGCUUGGACGACUGUGGUGCUCCAUCAACCUCUUCAUGCUGUCUGUCAAUCGCUCUGCCAGCAUUGCCUUCAUGACUGUUGUGGCGUUGGACCGUUACUUCAAGGUGGUCCACCCCCACCACUGCAUCAGCCGAAUCAGUCUAAUCCAGGCACGCUGGCUUUCUGCGCUCAUGUGGAUUACCGUGACUCUUUUUCGGAUUCCCCUUUUGACCACCGACACUCUACACACAAAUGGAAAUGUCUCCCUGUGUCGUACGUUUCAUUCUUAUAAAGUAACCCCGGCAGCAAUGAAGGUUCAUUAUGUGGCCUUCACCGCAGAGUUCUUCCUGCCCUGGCUCUUGCUGCUUUUCUGCUCUUUUCGGAUCACCUCCCACCUCCGCCAGCGGGAAAUGGACAAGCAGAAGAGGGUCCAGAGGGCCAUUCAGGCAGUGUUUGUGAUUAGUGCGGUGUUCACCUUCUGCUUCAUGCCAAGUGUUAUCACAGGCUUGCUGGGCCUGUGUUUCAAGGCGUACCACCCACUGGACUGCAAAUCCUACAAUCGUAUCAGCCAGCUCUUCACCAUGUGCAUCGGCUUGACCUACCUCAACAGUGCUCUGGACCCCAUCAUCUACAUUUUCUCCAGCGCAAUGUUUCGUGUUGCUCUAAAGAAGUCCUUCAGAUUCAAGAAGACUCCUCAACAAUUCCAUAAAUGCUGACAGACAACAAUAAAAACUCAUGUAAGUGAAAAACACACACACAGGCACAUAACGGUAAAUCAAGGGAGACUGUGGCAGAAGUUGCUCUGGAAUUUGCUGUCUUCCAUGUGUUCACAUAUUCCUAAAUACUGCUGCUGUCUGGUGACUUGGGGCUCUAAUUUGACGGCGCAACUUGGCGAUGAUCAGCGGCGGAGACAGCGCAUUCCUAUUUUCGACAGGCGCAGAAGAGGGUGUCUGGCAGGUCCGCUGCACUUGCGCCGAGA